AUGACUACCGAAAAGACGAACAAGACGCCAAUGUCGGAGGACGCUUCCUCCCCUAAGAAGCGCAAGGCCGAACUCGAAGAGCUCGAGGUCGACCUUGAAGCUCCCGAGCCCCCCUCCAAGCGUGCGAAACGUGCUCAGAAGAAGGGCAAGACGCUGCCACCCAAGCAAGACAGCGACGAUGAGAAGGAGGCCAAGAAAGAGGAGAAGGAGAAGCUCAAGUCCAACCGCUCUGAACAUGGCGUCUGGGUUGGCAAUAUGCCCUUCGCCGUCACUCCGGAUAUGCUGCGCAAGUGGCUCAUCGAGAACUCGGGCGAGGUCAUCACCAACGAGUCCAUCACCAGGAUAAAUAUGCCCAUGACCAAGGACAGCGGCAACAAGGUCAAGAAGAACAAAGGUUUUGCCUACGUCGACUUUGCCGAUAUUGGCGCCAAGGUGGCCGCCAUCGCCCUGACCGAAAACGAGUUGCUCUACCGCAAGCUCCUCAUCAAGGACUCGACGUCAUACGACGGCAGACCGAAGAAGGACGAAGCUGAAAUCGCUGCCGCCGCCAAGAAGAAGGCUGAGGAUGAGAUUCCCACCAGUCGCAAAAUCUUCGUCGGCAACCUGAGCUUCCAGACGACCGAGGAGGACGUACGCGCCAACUUUGAGAAGUGCGGCGAAAUUGACUGGGUCAAGGUCGCUACUUUCGAGGACUCGGGCAAGUGCAAGGGCUACGGCUGGGUUAAGUUCCGCGAGGCUGAGUCUGCGGGCUGGGCGGUCAAGGGCUUUUGCAGGAUCAAAGAGGAGCUGGAGACGGAAGAUGACUUCGUCAAGGGCAAGAAGGAUAAGGACGCUGAUGCGGAGGACAACUCAGACGAGGAAGAAGACACGGAUGCGCAGUCGGAGAAGAAAUUCAAGAUGAGGAAAUGGUGGGUCAACAGGAUUGCCGGCCGAAACCUCAAAAUUGAACUUGCCGAGGACGACCAGGUCCGGUACAAGAAGCGAUUCGGCAAGGACGCACCAAGACGGCAGGUACAAGCCGAUGGUACCACGGCGGAGGGCGGAGAGGCUCCUAAGAGGGAGAAGAAGCCGGUGCCGCCAAGGGAACUCAAGGCGCAGGACGAUCUCAUGGUUGCGAGGUUGACGGGCACGGCGGCGAAGCACACGGGUACCAAGAUUACGUUCGAUUAG